CAUCUGUCUAACACACAGAAGGUCUCCUGUUCGAACCAGGGUCAGGUCAUUGCUUUUUAUCAUUGUUUUUAUUUGUGAUUUGUUUCCGUUUUCUGAUUUUCGCCCGAGGUGGACUCUUUUAACAUCCAUCAUCUUGCGUGAUGGGCAUCACUCUCUUUGCUUUUCGGCCUCGUACCUGGUCUUCGAAAGUCCUUGCACUGGGGGCACUUAUAAGUCUUUUAUUGGUCUUAUACGCUUAUUCCUCCUCCGAGUCCACUUUCCGCCUCUCAGAUUGGUCUUCAGUGUUCGCAGGACGCCAACGGAGCUCUUGUUCACCAGAAGAUUGGUCGCAUGGUCAUUGGGUAUACAGUCCAAGGACAAACUUGACCUCCAUCACCAAUUCGGAUGACGCUCUUGCUAUGGCUGGCUUGCAAGGGUGUGCUGCGGACAGAGAAUAUGCAUGGCAUCUAGGAACCGACCAUCCAGAGGAGUGGGACAGUCGGUGUAACAUAACCCCUCUCAAUGGCACCUCGAUCGUCAAGGAUAUGGUCCAAAAGGGGGGUUGGCUCGUCCUCGGUGAUUCGAUAACCGAAAAUCAUUUCUUCUCUUUGUCGUGUCUUCUCUAUCCCCAUGUUCGCGCAACACCCAACUACACAGAGAACCCAUACUUUGACCGCGCAUGGAUGCAAAACCUUUACCUCUCACCAACGUCGCCCCUACUGGAUGAAAUAGAUCUUCCAAGUGGUUUCUCUAUCGAGUCAACCCCUCUUGUUACAUUCCACCGCGUUGACCUCCUCUUCAACAAGGAAGACCUCGACGCCAUAUAUCGCCGCACUCUCGUGCCAGACGACGCAUUUGGUCCUGAAACAGAACUUGAACUCGCAAACAAGACGUUGUUUAGCAAAGAACAAACAUGGUCCAUGUCUCCUUCGGAAUAUAUGCCCAAAUUCCUAGGCGACCUGCCCGAGUUUCACUAUGGCACCUUGGUCGUGAGCACCGCAGGGCACUGGACGACAACUCUUAUGAGUGCCUUUCGCGACGAAGAGGCGGGUGAAGAGGCAGGAUAUGGUAUCGCUAAUGUCAAGUCGUUCUUCAAUAUCGCCAUGCGUGAGUGGGCACAGCAAGUCCAGACUGCUAUAAACGAGUAUAGGGCCCAAGGCGGGCGGCGCCCUAAGCAAGUGGUCGUACGAGCGUACUUGCCUGGCCACGAAGAUUGUCAUAACCAUCACGAGCCGUGGACAGAGAUUAAGCCGUACCGGUGGCGAUGGUACAAUUGGCCGUGGAUUUCGGACUUCAACGAGAUUUUCAAGGCUCUUCUUGCAUCACCCGAUUAUCCCGACAUUUUCUUCCUUCAGAUUGACAGGCCCGCCCGACUACGCCCUGACGCCCAUGCGUCAGGUGAUUGCCUCCAUCUCCUCACCGGUCCCGGCGUCAUAGAAGGAUGGUCACACUACAUCUGGCACUUUGUUACACGCGAGAUUCCCGGCCGGAUACGGUAGAAGAUAUCGUUUAUUCCCUCCUUAACCUGGAUACAUCAACCAGGAAUUCGUAGAAUAACUUAUCGAUCGGCUCCUACCCUUCGACCUUGGAAAGCAGAGUUUAGCACAUUCUGGCCCUGCUUUGUCCUGUCAUACACACUACUGUUCACCCCCUCUCUUCCGCCUAUCACGGCAUCGGACAGAUUAGCACAAGUACGCUUUACAAAUACCUGAUGCAUAUUGUUUUACACUGAGCGCUGUAGCAUGCUACUCCAGAGGCGGUGCACUCAUGUGGAGGGAGGCUGAGACAUUCUUUAGAGUUCAGUACAUGUGCUCAUCCGCAGCAAUUGGAUUACCAAUUGAGUGAAGCACUACGUCACUGCAUAUAUAGAUUAUCAGGAUGUGGAACCCCAAGUAUUCUUGUUG